AGUCUCUCUUUCUCUCCUUCUUGUCUUAAUCUCAAAGUACGAAACUAUGGCCUCAAACUCCAUCGUCGUUUUCCUCCUCCUCGGGCUCAUAGUUUCCUCCGCCAUAGCUCAGGCUCCGGGACCAUCUCCGACAAGAUCUCCUCUUCCAGCCACUCCUCCAAUUUCUCAGCCUCCGAGAACCUCUGCACCAACUCCUUCACGCGCCACCACUCCUCCGCCGUCCAUCACUCCCACAGCAGCUCCUACUUCUCCUCCUGCUGGCUCACCGACUUCCACCGUCGCUUCACCGCCCGCUCCUCCGACAUCUCUUACACCUGAUGGAGCUCCUGACGCAAAUGCUCCUUCUGGCCCGGCUGGAUCUACUCCCAACGACAACAACAACGCCGCUUCACUCUCCGCCGGAUCUUUCCUAGGAUUCCUAUUAGUCGCCGCUUUGUUGCUUUAAUUUGGUGUUCAGAUUAUGUAUUAAUAAUUCGAGAGUUUAGAUAUUCGAUCUGUGGUUUUUAAUAGUUUGUUUAGAGAUAUAUUUCUUGUUUUGUGAUUAUCUCUAAUACCUUUAGAACACCUUAUGUUAUAUCGUUUGUUAUUAUUACUCAUGGGUUAUUAUUUUCGAUACAUUUAUCUGGUUCUGAAUAUUGCAUCCUGAUUUGAAUUAUUGGUGAUAUACCGAAUUCAAAAUUGGUGGGUUAAGUUUAAACUUAAUUAAAAGUGAUUAGUGGC